AAUCAGAGGUCUACAGCGCGAUACGUGAGUGCUCUGUGUGUUUGUUUGCUUCUCCCGGAACGAACGUCUCGAAAUAUGACUCAAGAAGGCCGAUUGCCUCCCCCAUCUGUUAUCUGGGCUCAGAGAAACAAUAUUCUAUAUGUUACGAUCUGUUUAGAAGAUUGCAAAGAUCCUGUUAUUAAAAUCGAACCAGAAAUGAUGUAUUUUAAAGGAAUUGGUGGAGUGGAAAAGAAAAUGUACGAAGUGACAAUUAACUUGUACGGGGAAAUUGAUCCAAGCAAAACAGUUCAAACAAUAAGAGGAAGGACUCUUGAAUUCAUUCUUGCCAAACAAGAGGCUGGUCCAUACUGGCCAAGAUUAACAAAGGAAAAAACAAAAGCUCAUUGGCUGAAAAGUGAUUUUAAUAAGUGGAAGGAUGAAAGCGAUAGCGACAUUGAAAUUGAAGGAAAUAACUUGGAAGAUAUGAUGAGACACAUGGGUGGCUUGGGAGGUUCUGGAGAUAGUAAGCCAAGCUAUGUCAAUUUCGAUGAUAUGAUGGCCGAUGGCGGCGAAGGAACAGAUAGCGACGAUGAGGAUUUACCUGACUUGAUCGAGUGAACAAAUUUUAACGCUGCUAUAAAAUAAUCUUCAUUCAAAAAACGUUAAAAAUAAAAACAAAGGGCGACCUAAGAAUAGUGCACCACCAGGCGAUAUUUCAGUAGGCCAUGUUAUUUGUAUUUUCAAUUGCAAAUAAGUUUUGCAAACU